AAAAACUGCUUUUAAUCACUCUAAAUUUUUUGUUCAAAUUACAGAAUAUUCGAGCAAAGAGUCUUAAACCGAGCUUCGUGGUGAUAAGACGUGUUUGCAUAUUUAAAGCAAAGUUGUUUACACAUCGCGCAAAGAAUUUGAAUAAUUCUUCAAAUAUAAACAACCGCAUUUAUCGUUCAACGAGAAUAUACGAGUGGAAUUCAAACGAAAGGAUGAACCCUGGGAGUUCGCAAGAAUCCGAAUCGGAUUAUGCCUCCCAGGAUGGUGGGUUCAAAAAGCCACAAUCGAAAAAACGGGGCAGAAAAACGAAGACGACCCAGCCAACCCAGCCAACCCCCACAACCCCCACAACGCCAACACCUGAGGCCAAACGAAUAGCUUUGGACUAUCAGUCUACAACCAACAAAAACCAAACAACAAACAGCAAGACAACAUCAACAAGAUUUCCCACGUAUUCGCACACAUUCACAGCGAACGCAUUGUCGACCAUCACCAGAGUCCAACUUGCAAUCAGGUGGGAGGAACUCAACCCCAACAACAAGGAUGUGAUUAUCAGACAAGAUAAUUACUUCCUAAUCAAAACCAACCAGGAGGACAAAACAUCAAAAAUUUUACAACAACUAAAACAAGAAAACGCUGUAACAAGUUCAUUGAAGACAGCAUGUUUCUGGAACGCCUGGAGCAGCAGGGCUUCAAAAUAAGGUUCUGCAGGAGAAUUAUCUCGCGAGAGCGCAACGCACCAACACU